AUUUUACAUUCAAUACAAAUUUGUAUGUGGUGCGAUAUGAAGUCCGUAAUUUCAAGCCAUGUAAUUCAACAGAAAUGAAAAUAUUUUUGGGUCUUUAUAUCAUAAUGGACUGCAAAACCUGUAAUAUACCAAGUACAGACGUUUUAGAUCUGUUGCACUUUCGGCAGCGUGUUGCACAGGCUCUCAUAAAAAUGGGGCAUCCAAUUCCUUCCAGAAAAAGAGGACGGCCUGCAUCUGGUGGUAGCAGUCCAGUAAAUUUACCAGUUACACGAAAACGACAUCGUUUCAGAACUGAAAUAAGACCAGCUAGUGAAAUCCAGUAUGACACUGUCGACCAUCUGCCAGAAUACGAUCAAAAGAAAGAAGCUACAAGAUGUAAAAAUCCAGGAUGUAAAGGAAAGACGCAUGUUUACUGCCUGAAAUGUGAAAUACAUCUAUGUUUUACUAGUGAGCGAAAUUGCUUUCCAAAAUUUCAUCAAAAACAAUAGUAAUCCUAACAGUGUAAAGUAAUAAAUAAACUAAUAUUAUAUAGUUUUGCUUACCUACUUCCAAAUAGUACUACAAAUAAUUUAUUUAUUAAAUACGUAUUAAUACAAC